ACUGUUCAUAUUUAUGCGUUGGUGCCACCGUACCCGCCCAAAGGUUGUUAAUGGGAAAAUCUUGCUCAAAGUUUGAUUUUCUGCUCCGUACUAGAAGUGGCCAUUUCCAAGUUUUCUCGACAUCAGCCGGCGAUACUGUCUCCGCCGCACCGGAAUCUUUCAUUACCUUGUGCGCUCAAGGCCACUUAAAGCGAGCAUUCACUGCUCACUUCUCUCUCAUCUAUUCCGAUCCAACUCUCCUCUCCCACCCUCUCAAAGCAUGCAUCGAUCGCCGCUCUUCAUCCACAGCCAAACAGCUCCAUUCGAUCACCAUCACCGGCGGAUGGUCAAGGCUGAGGGUCGUGUCCAACCACUUGAUGAACGCAUAUUCAAAAUUAGGUCAAUUGGAAACAGCUCGUAAGAUGUUCGACAGAAUGCCUGAAAGAAAUGUCAUGUCAUAUAACAUUCUGAUUGGAGGGUGCAUACAGAACGGGAAACUGGGAGCUGCGGUAGAGAUUUUUCAUGGAAUGGGGGAGAGGAAUUCCGCCACUUGGAAUGCAGUCAUAGCAGGGUUGAUCAAGUUUGAAUCUAAUGAGGAAGGGUUGAGAAUGUUUUCAGAAAUGCAUAAGGAUGGUAUUUCUCCCGAUGCAUACACGCUGGGGAGUGUAUUGCGAGGAUGCGCGGGAUUAAGGGAUUUGAUCAAGGGAAAACAGGUUCAUUGCUACGGGGUGAAACUGGGCUUGGAGUUCGAUUUGGUUGUCGGGAGUUCGAUGUCGCACAUGUAUAUGAAAUGUGGAAGUUUAAGCGAGGGCAAGAGUGUGAUCGAGUCAAUGCCAAUUCAUAAUGUAGUUUCUUUCAACACCCUCAUUGCUGGGCUAGUGCAGAACGGCUGUGCCUCGGGUGCAUUGGAUCAGUAUUACCUAAUGAAAGGAGCUGGAUUUCGUCCCGAUAAAAUCACUUUUGUUAGCGCAAUCACUUCGUGCUCUCAACUGCCGACACUCGGGCAAGGGCAGCAAAUUCACACUGAUGCAGUAAAAGCCGGAGCAAUGCUUGUUGCUUCGGUUCUUAGUUCACUAAUUAGUAUGUAUUCGCGGUGUGGCUGCUUAGAUGAUGCCGUGAGAGUUUUCGAAGAAAGGGAAGGAGUUCUGGUCGAUACUGUUUUGUGGAGUUCGAUGAUUACUGCGUAUGGAUUUCAUGGGAAAGCAAAGGAAGCUAUUGAACUAUUUAACCAGAUUGAGGCACAGGGGCUGGAGGUGAACGAUGUCGCUUUCCUGGCGAUACUGUAUUCGUGUAGUCAUUCUGGGCUGAAAGACGAGGGGUUUGAAUUCCUUGACCUGAUGGUGAACAAGUACAAGUUGAUACCUCAGACUAAACACUACAAUUGCAUUGUUGAUCUUUUGGGCAGAGUGGGGGAUCUUGAUGAAGCAGAAAGGUUCAUCAGAUCCAUGCCUAUCGCACCCGAUACGAUCAUUUGGAAAGCUUUGCUAUCAGCUUGUAAGACUCAUAAAAAUCCUGAUAUGGCUAAAAGAAUAGCUGGUGAGAUACUGAAAAUUGAUCCUCAGGAUUCUGCAUCCUAUGUGCUCCUUGCGAAUGCUCAAGCCUCUGCGCAGAGAUGGCAAGACGUGUUUGAUGUUAGAAGGGAAAUGAAGGAGAGGAUGGUCAAGAAAGUACCCGGGGUCAGCUGGUUCGAGCUCAAGAAUCAGGUCCAUCUUUUUGUAAUGGGCGAUGGAUCUCAUCCACAGUCGGAGAAGAUAGAUUCGUACCUGAAAGAGCUGACUGUAGAGCUGAAAUUGUUCGGCUAUGUGCCUGAAAUGGGAGGUGUUCUGCACGAUAUGGACAUGGAGGAAAAGGAGCAUAACUUGGUUCACCAUACUGAAAAAUUAGCAGUAGGGUUUGCUCUGAUGAACACACCUGAAGGUGUCCCGAUUCGGAUAAUGAAGAAUUUGAGGGUCUGCGAGGACUGUCAUGCCAUGAUGAAGUGUAUAUCCGAGGUUAAAAACCGAGAGAUCGUUCUGCGAGAUUCUAGUAGGUUUCAUCAUUUCAAAAGCGGGAUCUGUUCCUGCGGCGAUUACUGGUGAGGUGACAGUUGAUUCAUGUUCCUAACAUUCGUGGAAGAACUGAGAUCUUGAAGGUUCUUUGAUUCCGAUGUUUCACAUGAAGUGAUAGCCAUGAGGACCCCAGGUUUUAGAUCUUCCUAACCUCUUGAAUGAAGCGGCUGGAAUUCAUCUAAAGAGAUUGAUGAUUCGAUUGAUAGGAUUGUUGCUGUCAUGGAAGGAACGGCGAAAGCGAAAGCGAAAGUCUUGUAUGAAGUAGGCCAUGCCAUUGCCAUUGCCAUUUGUGGGUGACUUUAAUCCCAGGAGAAUGAUCCAACCUUGAUAUCCAUUUCCAAGCAGCAACUAUUUGCCAGAAUUGUGGGCGGGCGGCGGGCUGCUGAGGAGAUCAUAUUCGGGGUCGCAACUGAUGGUGGCAUGUCUGAAAUUGGGAGGCCAUGGUCGCUGAUGGACUCUUCUGCUCAAAGUGGUGAUGUGAUGUGAUCGUGAGAUUGAUGGCAGGAAUUCAAUGUUAGAAAAGCUAGCAGACAGCGCAUACGAGGGAGGAGAUUGCUUUCCUUUGAGCCACAUCAGUGAGGCCAUGGACAAGAAGAUUGUGGAAGUUCUUCUGGAGAAGGAGACGAGAUGAUGACAGGAGAGGAAUUCCGGGUGAAAAAAGAGUUCGUCCUACUGCUAAUUGAUAAUUGAAGUAUACAGCCACUACACUUUCUUGUGUUAAUGUAAAGUUACACGAAGCACAGGGUAUUUUGUGCAAUUUUACUAAAAUAUAAGGAAGUGUUAUAUAAUUUACUCCAUUUUCGAUUGUCAUCGAAAUCCAUA